UACGAGGAAGAGAAAGAGGAAGAGGAAAAGUUUACCACUGCUUCUGGUCCGAAAGUUAUGGGUUUAUUAAAUCAGCUCAUUCACACGUUUUGAUCUUCGUGGUUAUGGGCUUGUGUUUAUUUUGGCACCGACACGAAUGAACUACAGAGAGUCGUACAAAAAGGAGCUGUAUUAUCUGCAGAUGCAGCGCACAGAGGAGAAGAUGGAGCGUGAAGAGAACAAAGGGAAUGAGGUCCUCAGGCAGAGGUUGAAGGUGUGUGUGGCCACCUGUAACAGAGCAGAUUACUCGAAACUUGCUCCCAUCAUGUUCGGCCUCAAAGCUCAUUCUGACCUCUUUGAACUCGAGGUCGUCGUCCUGGGCUCACAUCUCAUCGACGAUUACGGUAAUACGUACCGUAUGAUUGAGCAGGAUGACUUCAACAUCAGCUCCAGCCUCCACACUAUUGUUCGUGGUGAGGAUGAAGCAGCCAUGGUGGAGUCUCUCGGCUUGGCGCUCGUCAAGCUCCCUGAUGUCCUUCAGCGCCUGGCGCCUGAUGUACUAAUUGUCCAUGGCGACCGGUUCGAUGCCCUCGCUGUGGCAACGGCGGCAGCUCUGAUGAACAUCCGCAUCUUGCACGUGGAAGGCGGAGAAGUGAGCGGCACCAUCGACGACUCUAUCCGCCAUGCCAUCACCAAACUGGCACACUACCAUGCUGUGUGCACACGUGCUGCACAGAGACACCUGCUCGCCAUGUGUGAGGACCACAACCGCAUCCUACUGGCCGGCUGCCCAUCAUAUGACCGCCUGCUCAACGCAUGGCGCCGUGACGACUAUGAAGACAUCAUUAAAACCUGGCUCGGUGAUGGUGUGAAGGAGUCAGACUACAUCGUAGCUCUCCAGCAUCCUGUAACUACAGAUAUCAAGACCUCCAUAAAGAUCUAUGACCUCAUGCUGGAUGCUCUCAUUUCCUUCAACAAAAAAACACUCAUCCUGUUUCCCAACGUUGAUGCUGGCAGUAAGGAGAUGGUGCGUGUGAUGAGGAAGAAGGGGAUUGAGCAGCACCCAAACUUCCGCGCCGUUAAACACGUUCCCUUUAACCAGUUUAUCCAGUUAGUGGCCCAUGCAGGCUGCAUGGUGGGGAACAGCAGCUGUGGUGUGCGUGAAGCCGGGGCCUUCGGGACGCCUGUCAUCAAUCUGGGCACGCGCCAAACUGGCAGAGAAACAGGUGAGAACGUUCUCCACGUGCGUGAUGCUGACACACAGAAUAAGAUCUACCAUGCCCUGGAGCUUCAGUUCGGGAAGCGAUACCCCUGCUCCAAGAUCUACGGAGACGGGAACGCAGUGCCACGGAUCCUGAAGUUCCUGCAGUCUAUCGAUCUGUCAGAGCCGGUGCAGAAGACCUUCAGUUUCCCUCCGUUGCGUGAGGACAGUGUGUCCCAGGACAUCGACCACAUCCUGGAGACGCAGAGCGCGCUGGGCAUCGACCUCGGGGGCACUAACCUGCGUGUGGCCAUCGUCACCAUGACGGGGGAGAUCAUAAGGAAGUACACUCAGCCCAACCCUAAGACCUAUGAGGAGAGGAUGGAGCUCAUACUGAGCAUGUGCAAACAGGCCAUGGCCGACGCCAUCAGUCUCAACUGCAGAAUACUGGGAGUUGGGGUUAGUACUGGAGGCAGGGUGAACCCUAAGGAUGGUGUGGUUAUGGACUCCACUAAGCUGAUAAACGAGUGGAGUCACAUUGAUCUGCGCUCUCCGUUGUCUCACUCGCUCCACCUGCCUGUGUGGGUGGACAACGACGGGAACUGUGCUGCGCUCGCUGAGAGGAAGUUCGGCCACGGGAAGGGUGUAGAAAACUUUGUCACCGUCAUCACGGGGACAGGAAUCGGGGGCGGGGUCAUCCAGCACGGCGAGCUGAUACACGGUAGUACUUUCUGUGCCGCUGAGCUCGGACACAUUAUGGUGUCUCUGGAAGGACCAGACUGUUCGUGUGGGAGUCGUGGCUGCGUUGAGGCCUACGCGUCUGGGUUAGCGCUGCAGCGAGAGGCUAAGAGACUACACGAUGAGGACCUGCUGCUGAUGGAGGGAAUGAGUGUGAAGAACAAAGAACAAGUGAACGCAUCACACCUCGUCCAAGCUGCUCGCCUCGGAAACAGUAAAGCAGAGGGAGUGCUCCGGACAGCUGGUCUGGCUCUUGGUGUUGCGGUUGUGAACAUCCUCCACACUGUAAACCCGUCUCUGGUGGUUCUGUCUGGUAUUCUGGCUCAGCACUAUGAGAGUCCUGUCAGAAACUUCAUCAGCCAGCAUGCCCUCUCCUCUGCCAGGGAGGUGAAGGUCAUGACCUCUGACCUGGAAAGCCCUGCCCUGCUGGGUGCAGCCAGCAUGGUCCUAGACUACACCACACGCCGCACCUACUGAGAUACAGCACACUGAUGCUGUGGGUCAAUCAGACUCUUCCUUUGUCAUUCAAACUUUCCUGAAAAUCUAGUAUUUGGGAUCAAAACAUUUAGUCUUGGAGCCAAUCGGACGAGAGGCUCCGAGUCUUGGAGCCAAUCGGACGAGAGGCUCCGAGUCUUGGAGCCAAUCGGACGAGAGGCUCCGAGUCUUGGAGCCAAUCGGACGAGAGGCUCCGAGUCUUGGAGCCAAUCGGACGAGAGGCUCCGAGUCUUGGAGAAAAACAGAUGAGAGGCGCAGAGUCUUGGAGCCAAUCGGACGAGAGGCGCAGAGUCUUGGAGCCAAUCAGACGAGACUCUCCAUGAGUCAGUGCCAAUCACACAGUCAGACACUGUGAGUUUUUGAGAGUCUCUUCUGAUUGGCUGGGAGUCUUGUAUCUUCUACUUGAGACUCCAGUUAGUCACCAGAACGGUGACAGUUCAUUUCAAAUCACAUGUAACACCAUGGAGCCAAUCAGAUGGCACAUACUAAGACGAGCGGCCAAUUAGAAGCCUUGUACAGUAUUAGAGAUCCCACAGAGCCUCCAUGCUUUAUUUCUUUAUUCUAACUUUUGUUGCUUUCUCUGUUAUUAAUCCUGAUUGUGUUAUUUUACCUGUGUUUAGAUAUUUAUUUGUAAUUACAUGUGCUUGGCUCCGCCCUCUUCACCAUGUCCUAUUGGUGCCUUUGAACAGUAUUUUGGAUCAAACAUUAUGAAGAGGAAGUGUGUGUUUUUUAUUCUGAUUUCUCGAAGGAAUGCUUCACUCCGAGGGGCUACGACGAUCACUUAGCAUGUGCUAACUGACACUAACUUAGAAGCCUAGAUGCUGGAUUUUCUCUCUCUCCUCUCUCUCUCUCUCUCCCUCCCCAUAUCUCUCUCAUCUCUCUCUCCCUCUCUUUCUCUCUCCCUCUCGUCUCUCUCUGUCUGUAUUUCUUGUAACGUAUCAAUGCGGUGAUGAAACUCUGUGAUGAAGGAAGACGGUGUCACCUCAUUGUUUGGAAUCCUGAGUCUGUGUUCCAGUUCUGUCUUUAACACUCCCUUCAUCCCCUUCCCCUGAUGCACUACACUUUAUUUAGCCUUAGGGGAAGGUGAUGAACGUGUGUUAAACAAAAAAGACAAGUAAAACACGUUAUAAAAUGACAUUCUUUUUUUAUGUAAAUAUCAGAUUUAAGCCCCGCCCUUGUUUACUUAGCCACACCCACUGGUCUGGUAAACUAUUUUGUUGUAUGUUACUUUUAACAAAUCUCUGAUUAAAUCAUUCAUGAAGGCCAUCAGUGAAGGAAGUUCAAUCAUUAAAACAUUGUGAAAUGUG